GGUGCGAGUCGCGCGCCUGUUUUUUCCUUGUAUCAACUGGUUUUGUGUGCUAGCAUUUCACAGCAUCGUCACCAUGAGCGGCUACUCAUAUCUCUUCAAAUACAUUAUCAUUGGUGAUACGGGUGUUGGCAAAUCUUGUCUGUUGCUUCAGUUUACGGACAAGCGCUUUCAGCCCGUUCACGAUCUGACCAUUGGCGUCGAGUUUGGCGCGCGCAUGGUCUCAAUCGAUAACAAGCAAAUCAAGCUGCAAAUCUGGGACACGGCUGGUCAAGAGUCUUUCCGUUCCAUCACGCGCUCGUACUAUCGUGGCGCCGCUGGCGCUCUUCUGGUCUAUGACAUCACUCGCCGCGACACGUUCAACCACUUGACGACAUGGCUUGAGGAUGCUCGCUCGCACUCCAAUCCUAACAUGGUUAUCAUCCUCAUUGGCAACAAGACCGAUUUGGACUCAAAGCGUGCCGUCACACGCGAGGAAGGCGAGCAAUUUGCGCGGGAAAACGGCCUCAUCUUCAUGGAGACUUCUGCCAAGAACGCCACCAAUGUCGAGGAGGCCUUUAUCCAAACGGCCCAGGCCAUUUACUCCAAGAUUCAGGAGAACGUCUUUGACAUCAAGAACGAGAUGAAUGGCAUCAAGGUUGGCCCGCAAUUGGCCGGUGGUGCCGGUUCUACGCGGCUGGAUCUCCGCGCUCCCCAGCAGAAACCCACCAAUUCGGAGGGUGGCGGCUGCUGCUAGGCUGUAGUUUUUUUUUCUCUCUCUCUGUGAAACUUGAUCUCUUUACUCGUUUGUCACCCCCAUCUCUUCUUUUCCUCUUCCCCACGCCCCCUUUCCUCAGCUUUAUCCUGUCUUGUUUCUCUUGUGUUCAUUUGUUUGCGAUUCCGAGGGAAAGGGGUGUGCGUCUUGUUCUCGGUUGAUGUCCAAGCGGCUUGUGUUUGUUCACCAACAAAGUGUUCUCUCGCGCUUGUCGCUUGCUCCUCCGCCUUUCUUUCCUGCCGUUGACAGCAUCUGCGUCCGGUGCCAUGGUCGAGCACGCUCAUGCCCUGCGCCGAGUUGCCUCGUGUGCCCACGCCAUGUUCUGUUCCAAGCGCUGCUGUCUUUUCUCCUUCGGAUCUUCCCUUUGCUUCACCAAUUCUCUCUCCUUUCUUUAACAGUUUUUGGUAUCUUCAAUC